AUGGAUAUCUCCGGCAUCGCAUUGAUCACGGGCGCUGCAUCAGGUAUCGGCAGAGCAUGCGCUCUGGGACUUGUCAGAGACGCUCUCGAGAAAGUCACGUCCGAAAUCCAAGAAUUGCAACGCGCAUGGGGCUACACCAAGCCUUGCCGAGUCGAGAUCUAUCCCACCAACGUCGCCGACGAGAACAGAGUCAUUGAAGUUGUCGAAAACGUCGCGCAGAAAUUUGGACGCCUUGACUAUGUCGUUAUUGCCGCCGGAAUCGCAAUGAAGCAUAUCGGCGGCGAGGCUUUCGCGGAGACCGCCGACUGGCAACGCAUUUUGGACGGUCAACCUCAAUGGCACAUUCUAUAUCCUACGAGCUGCAGCCAGAAUCAUAGCCUAUUCGCUCUGAGGCCACUGCAGCGGGGUUCGAUCGUCAACAUUUCUUCUAGUCAGGGUCUGGUCGGUAUCACUCUGUCAACGGCGUACAAGACAAGCAAGCACCCAAUGAUUGGCCUGACUCGCACUGCGUCGGAGGAUUACGCUGAUAAAGGGCUUCGCAUUAAUGCGAUCUGCCCUGGGUACACUGAGACCCCACUCACUACCAAGUCGCCGGAGAUAUUGAAGGCGAUGAUGGAGCGUGUUAGUACAGCGGUACCGAUGGAGAGAAUGGGGCGGCCAGAAAAGAUUGCCGAUGGUGUUUUAUACUUCUCUGGAGGUCGGAGUUCAUUUGUGACAGGAACUGUUGAGUGUGGAUGGUGGUAUUACUUGAAAGGGAAGGACAACCACCACUUGCUGAAGGCGGCUAAUCCGCUUGCGGGUGUCUGA